UGGCGGUUCUCACAGCUGAUAGCAACUCCAGUUAGUGUAGCAGUCAGAGGCUACAGACAACGACCGUCCAGUUCCGACUAACGUGUGUUGAAUCAUUCAUUGUGCCACAAGACGUGAAUCAACGCUAAUGUUUUAUGGAAUUACUAACUGUUGCAAUUGACGGAAGGGAAGGAGGGACAAAAGGAUGUCAUAUAAACUCACCCUAGCACUGCCUCUGCUGGGUUUUGCUAUCAUCUCCUUGUGGUGGUUGCAAAAAGUUGAGGCUCAUGGACGGCUUAUUGAACCCCCAUCCAGAGCCACUAUGUGGAGGUAUGGUUUCAGUACACCUCCAAAUUAUAACGACCAUGAAUUAUACUGUGGAGGCUUCACACGGCAGUGGCAAAAAAAUGGAGGGAAAUGUGGCAUAUGUGGAGAUGCCUGGGACAUGCCCGUGCCUCGACCACAUGAAGCAGGUGGAAAAUAUGCUCAGGGUAUAAUUGUACGUCGUUACAAGAAGGAUUCACCCAUCACAAUCAGAGUUGAACUCACAGCAAACCAUCGUGGUUACUUUGAGUUUAGACUUUGUCCAAAUAAUGCACCAAGACGUACCGGCACACAAGCUUGUCUUGAUAAGUAUGUUCUGAGAAGAGCAAAAUUUGCUGGGGUAUCAGAUGAACAGAAUCAUGAAACUCGUUAUUACCCUGCAGCAGGAAACAAGGUGUUUGAGACACGAUACCUUUUGCCAGCUGGCCUGACCUGUACUCAGUGUAUCUUGCAAUGGAGAUACAUUGCUGGAAACAACUGGGGAACUUGUGAAAAUGGAACUGGAGCAGUAGGUUGUGGUCCUCAGGAAGAAUUUCGAGCAUGUGCCGAUGUUGAAAUAGUAGACUCAUCUGGCUCAGCUGAUGAGACACCGUUCGACAAUGAGAUCCCAACAUACGAAGACAACAAGAACAAGGAACAGACAUCUAUACCAACAGAAGACACAUCUGUACCUGUACCAGCAACAGACUGGUGGCUAGUAACAGUGAUUGCAGCCUGCACUCUCAUAGCAGUAGCCAUAACACUGGCACUGGUGUACUUUUAUUAUUAUCAUGCUGGCGAUGCAGUCAAACGUUGGCUUGGAGGUGAACAGUUUCAGAAACAAGCCCAGCAACCACAGCAGCCUGUGCCUCCCCCAAGGGUAAAGAAACAGAAGAGUAGUACCAACAAUCCAGAUGUUUAAAAAUAAAAGAUACUAUAAGGAAGCUAUCUGCCUUUGAUAACAGCAGUUCUGUCAUCAGCAAUACAUCCAAGCAUGCCAUUGCUGUGGUAAGGUGGCACCACAAACAGAAGGUUCUGGAAUCAUUAACAUACUGACAGUAUUGAAUAACAUCUUGGUAAUCUGUUUCUAAAGCCAAGCAUUUGGGUCUUUAAACAGAAGUCCAUAAAGACACAAGACAAUCUUACAUAGUUAAAUUCUGAGAACUACGCAGUCAUGAAGAUAUAUACAUAUAUAUAUAUAAUGACAAUAAACUGUUUUUGAACUUAGAACUUAGAACUACAGUACCAACACAUAUAAGCAGAGUAUGAAAAACUACUGUCAUAUCCACUGACCAAGGGUAUCCUGAGCCCUUAACCCUUGACGUCUGAGAUACAAUUGUCUAUAGCCAAGCAGCUGAAUAUUUUAAAUGUACUGUAAAUCUAGAAAACUGGUUGGCUGUAACGAAAAUUUAGAAUAUGGAUAGGAGUCAUCAAAAUGUGACAGCCCACAACGUUUAAUCUAAAUGUAGAGGUUUUUUAGUCCCUCAUAAAAGAUGACUGUUACAGGUUUAGGUUUAAAGACAAGAGGAGAGCUCCACUGAUAAGUAUUUUUAAGAAGUCUGAAUUACGAACCAAGCUGGCAACAAAACAAUCCAUGAUGGCAAUCCAAAUACUGUCUCCCCCUUCUCCAGUAACUCAAGAGACCUUAUAAAUUGAAUGUACCCACAGCAAAACUGAUGUCAUAUCUUCCUUUCCAUCCUCAAGCUUUCCUCCUUCCUCCUUACAAAUUACUUUGCUCCCCCUCAGGAUAUUCAUAAGCACAUGCGCAUGCAUGCACAUGUGCACGUGCAUGUGCACAUACACAUAUCAUUUAUAAAAUCCUCUUUCUUUCUUCCUCACAAUGUACUUCAGAAGGUAUUGUUUGAUAAAUUAAAUAAUUUAUUUUAAUUUCAAUGAAAAUGUGUUUAAAUGUGACUGAUGAUUUUAUG